UCAACGUAAAAGUCGAACGAUACUUAUCGGUAGGUCAUUGCUAGCCGAGAGUAGAGUUACCGAUACGAAAAUGUAUGAAACUUGUUACUCCAGGGUCGGACGAUUAAUGUCAGCGUGUCCGUACUAGUUCCGAUGUUUAAUCAAUGUUUGUGUUGCGCACGUUUUAACAGUCAAGUUUCCUUGCGCGUUACGUUGUGUUUAAAAUUUUCUUGAAUACUAUUUAAACAUCUUUUUUUUUUUUUUUUUUGGAGGAGUGAGAAGACGAAAAAGAAUUACUGUAGUGCGAAGAUUACUUUUAUACCUAAAAUGUGACAGUGAUAAAAGUGACAUAUCUGUCCAAUUUAUCACCCCUAAAGACACAUUUAUCGUCUCCUAAUUCCCACACAUUCCCUAAACACCCGAUUAAAACAUCCAUCGUCGUUCACCAUCGGCCCACAAACGAACUAAUUACCGGCCAUCAAGAUUGUCAAGUCAUUCGAGGUACGAAAUCCGUUUCAUAUCUCGUACAUCAGAGAUAAAUGUACCAACACCGUAUUCCUAACGAUAUCGCUUAAUAGCACCCCGUCCGAAUCUUAAAUAUCAUGUAGUACGCGUAGUCCCAAGCUUCGAUCGCGAUUACCUCCGCUCGAUAAUUUCCCGAAUAACGCGUAAUCGUUCGAGAGGCUACUAUGUUGCAUCGAGUUGUGUGCCCCAUCGUUAUAUCGGUAUCGAUCUUAUUUAUCUAAACUUGUAACGCGUAUCCUGAUUCCGCAGAAUGGAUCGGGCACACGUACACUCGUGAAACCCCAUGACCAUGAUUUCUCUUCGCAAAUCAAUUUUGCGCCGGGAGACCUCCUUGGGAUUCGAACCGCGACCUGGCCGGCCGGUGUUCAGUUAAUUUGCUCGCUAGACCAUGGUGGUCGGAUAAAUUAAAAUAGAUCCGGCUGCGAAUUCCUACGGGCCUGGCUAGAUUGCGUGCGAUUAGAGCAUCAUCCGCCGUUCCUAACGACGAACGUUUGUCUUUCCAGGGAAGCGUAUCUCAUCGUGAGAGGCUGGGACCUCCAGGAUGCCAGGGGUGUGGAGGUUGCUACGUAUGAUGAUCUAUAUGGUGGUUGGCUUGAAGAGCGUCGGUAGCAACAGCGACAUUUGGCCGCUGGAGAGGCCAGAAGGAAUGCCAGCCAUACAAUCCCUCGAAGUGAUGUGCGGAAAGGAUCACAUGGACGUGCAUCUCUCGUUCUCGCAACCCUUCGAAGGCAUAGUCUCGUCCAAAGGCCAGCACGCCGAUCCUCGAUGCGUCUACGUUCCGCCUUCCACCGGGCAAACUUUCUUCUCCUUUCGGAUAGCCUACGCGAGAUGCGGCACCAAACCGGACAUGCACGGCCAAUUCUACGAAAACACCGUAGUCGUUCAGUACGACAAAGACCUGCUCGAGGUCUGGGACGAGGCGAAACGAUUGCGAUGCGAGUGGUUCAACGAUUACGAGAAAACCGCCUCGAAACCGCCGAUGGUGAUCGCCGAUCUCGACGUGAUACAAUUAGACUUCAGAGGCGACAACGUGGAUUGUUGGAUGGAAAUUCAACACGGCAAGGGACCAUGGGCGCCGCCGGUCUCCGGGAUAGUGCCGCUCGGCUCCACCCUCACCCUGGUCGUCGCUAUAAACGAUUAUCGAGGAGAAUUCGACAUGCGUGUCAAGUCGUGCGUGGCGUCGGACGGUGGUGGGCACACGAUACAGCUAAGCGACGAGUUCGGAUGCGUGCUUAGGCCGAAAAUGAUCAGCCGAUUCCUGAAGGCGCGAGGCUCGGAUGAUCGGGCGACAGUCAUCACUUACGCCUUCUUUCACGCGUUCAAGUUCCCGGACGCGCUCAGCGUGCACAUCAAGUGCAAGGUCGAGAUUUGUCGUCACGGUUGUUUGGAUCACUGUCAACUGAGCGGGUCCGUUGGCCACUACAUUCAGGAGCGCAAGGAUCAGAUACGACCGCAGUAUUCGCAGACCACAGCACCGCCCACCGUUCACAAUGACGACAAUAACAGCGCCGACAAGGAUAACGAAAACGCUGGAGGGGGAGCCGAGCAACCGGACGGCUCCCUUUACGACGACAUCAUUCAAGAUGGUGACGAGAUGACCUCGAUAGGGGGUCACUUCUUGGGGGUCGAGAAGUCGGUCCCGAAGGCGCAGGCGCAGACGAGCAACCGAUUACCGGCGCCGGUAGUCGAGCCACAGGACGAGGAGAUUCAUCCUGACGACGGCGAUCUCUCGAGGCCAUUCUUGGAUCCACCGAGAGUGACGCGAUACGAGAGCGAACAGGAUCAGUUCCCUCAUGGUCCGCGGAAUCUCGAGGGUGAGACAGCUGUACCGGUGACACCUCUUUCGUCUCCGAACGGCAGACGAAAGAGAUCGGUCGUAGUGUCCGACAGAAAGAUACGUAGCGCGGACGUCGGCGUGAGCGGUCUGUACGAAGUGAUUUCCGAGGCCGAUCUGGCCUUCAGCCCGGACACUCACGCGGAAGCUGUAACGGUCUUUCAAGGUAGAAUACGGGAGGAAGUGGUUUAUGGUAUCUGCCUGCCCAUGCCCGGUUUCAGCGCGUUGUUCAUCGUUGUUGCUCUCUCCGCGGUGAUCUCUGCCCUCGUGGCAGGGGCGAUGCUUCAUCGGCUGCAAGCGCAACGCGAGGCGGUCGACAGCAGAAAGAACAAUAGGGCCGUGCACACGACCAACGGUUGGCUGCCGUACGGGUUGCUACGCGUGCGCUGCACGAUGAGACCGGCUCAUCCCGAGCAAAUCCAACAAAAACAAACGAGUCCAGUCGCCACGAGUCCCUCCGUCGAGAGAGGUUGACCAUUCGCGACUGUUCGUGCCGGAG